UUUCAAGCGCGUGAAAGGGACACAACGGAGACAGUGGAAGGGGGUAUCAUCGGCGAGGCAGAGUAUAAAGAUGUGCGCUUGACUUCCGCCGUCAGUGAGUCCAUGAUGAGCAAGGCGUGAUAGAUAAACGACUCCCUCGACAAAAUGCCUAGAUCAACUUCAGACGAGCGAUACAUCCACGUCACCGUUCAGGAAUCGGGCACGGGCACCUAUCUCAGCGAAAGAGCCUUCCUACAUGGAAUAAUCACAAGUUUAUUGCUAGCUCAUAAUAGCUUAUUGUGGUAUUUCCCAAGUGUUCUGCGAACAUGCGGCUUACUCAACUCUUUUGAAGCCACCGAAGAGUGGAACCAUGUCAUCGCCGACUACACGCUGCUCGCACACCUUGGUAUGGCAUAUAUCAUCUUCAGCCAUAUCGAUGGCACCCUCUGUCGGUGGUCUCCGACGUCGGAAUGUAUAUUGCAGACUGUCGUCGUCGUUUUCACCUUGGAAGGCGCUUUUGCUGUCUCCUGGGGUUACCUCCUAUACCAGAACUUCGGGUUAAUGUUGGAAUUCGCCAGUUACGACGGAUCGUGGAAAUCUCUUGGUCCAAUCGUUGUUCAGAACCUUAUCUUCGUUUCCUGGGCGGGAACGGUUUUGCACACCUUAUUGCCGGCGAUUGAAGGGGCUUCGAGAGCGGUAGGCUGGGGAGAGUCGCUCGAGGUCUUCGGGAUGGAUGUUCAGGAUUAUCCCUGGGUCGGCGGCCGCAUCGCUCUGGACGAUGAGAACACUUCGGACGCCGAGACGAUCAUCGAUCGUAAGGCGGCCAGCGACCUGGUGUAGCUUUCAAACCCUCGAUCCACGUACAUGCUAUGCUAUGUGUUUUAUGCUGCUACAAU